GACAAGUUUUUUAAAACUUUUAUAAGUACAUCUAAGAAGUAGAAAUAAUUUUUCAGAAUAUUGCAAAAAAAUGCUUGAUAUUAGUGUAAGUUGUAAAGAGUAAGUAACAGAAUACGCUGAUCCGAACAACUUGAUCCGCUCGCAACCUGCCCGACUCGUAACCCGAUUGACCCGCAACUUGAUGAACUCACAAGCCGAUCAACACUAACCUGCAACCAGAUAAACUUGAACCCGAAUGACCCAAAACCUGAGGAACCUGAAACUUCACUAACUCGUAAUCCGAUUGAAUCCAACUGAAACCCGCAGAUUGACACUUCUGCACGUAACUACCAAAAGCACACGCUACUGAUAAAUGGAUUUUAAACGAGAAAGCCCAUGCAAAAAUAUGUGUCUCUAGUUUGGGCUAAAAUCCAACUUUAUUUUGGGCAAGGAGUUGAUUGCCAUGUCAGGCCCGAUAUACCGAGGAGCGAAUCAACUGCACCGUAGGCUGACAACGAAAGAGAAAAGUCACAGAGGUUCGUCAAAGAGAGAAACUCCAUUAGGAUUUAGAAAUCAAAUCUGAAGACCAAUUUCGUUCUCUACCAAUUUACAGUGUGUUUUGGUUUUACUAGAUCGAGCAAUGGGCGGAGGGCAUGGCGAUGGCAUCACUUACAAGGGCGUGACGAUGCACCAGCCGAAGCGGUGGCAUACGGUCACCGGGAAGGGCCUCUGCGCCGUCAUGUGGUUUUGGGUUCUGUACAGGGCUAAGCAGGAUGGUCCUGUUGUGUUGGGCUGGAGACAUCCAUGGGAUGGCCAUGGUGAUGAUCAUGGCCAUGGACACUAGGUACAUUCUUCAGUUCUGUUUCUAUUUAGAUAUGCUCAAUUAAUACCUAAGUUAUCUUAUGUUUUUGUUUGAUCCUAACUUGAAUGGCUAUUAAGAAAGUAUUUAAGUAGGAGUACUAUUAAUGAAGGGAGAUGCUGCACUUGAAUAAUGUGUGAGAUCGUCUUUAGAUGAUGAUAUAAUUUGAUUGGUGUUUAGAUAACACCUAUGUGUUGCAAUGUUGGGGAGUUCUACAAAGUCACCAUGAUUAGCUGUAGUUUGUUUACCUCUUGCCAAGAAGAGCUUGGUCUAGCGGGUAAACCGUUGUUCUUUGAUCUGAAGGUCUCAGGUCCAAAACCCUUCAGUAGCACCUAACAUUAAAAAACAAACAAACUAGUUUCGUCACAUGGUAUAAAUGUUGGUCAAAUAGAAAACAAGGCAAAUCUUGGCAUGUCUAAUGUAUCGCUCGCAAUGUUGUUAGUUCGAUUUCCAAUAUUGAACAUCUUAGUAAUCUGAGCGGUCUCUUGUAUGUGGAAUAUUGAUGUCUCCAAAUAUCUAAGAAAUAAACACCUCCCAACUUUGCUGGUUUUGCAGGCAUGGAUCUGAAGAGCCAAAGAAGCGUGGAGUCCUUCAAUGGUGGUAUCAAACUGAGUAGUUGAACUGAGACUUGGGACAGUUCCCCUCUUUGUGCAAUAAAAAUGCUGUUGAAAACAGAUUGUUCUUGUUCCUUAUUUGCGAACACAAUGCUGCAUUUUAAACAUGUUAACUAGCGCUUGAAUGUCUGGUCAAUCAGUUGUGUUUGCAGUUUUUUCCACCCUCAGCUGGGCUUUGUUUCAGUGAAAAAAGUCUUAUUAUUACCAUGACAAUUGACAAGUUCGUUUUCUGUUUUGCCCGUCAAGAUGUGAAUUCAUAGUUGUGUUAUUUCUUCUCUGUUUUUCUAUGUUGUGUAGUUUAUUAUGCAGCUCACUAUAUCUUUUUGAUUUGAGGGAAACCGGAAUACAAGUGGAGAGAAAACAUUGCAGCAGCAAGUGUGGAAUCCAAAAUACUAGAACUACAGGGAUACGAUGAACUGGGAUACCGUGAAUUGCAGUCUUCGAAUCAAUAUCUACCAUAGUAAGGAUGUACGAGGUUAGAACUUAGAAGUAGGUGGGUUGAUCAGAGUUAUGACUAUGCAAGAUAGUUGGGUUCCCGAGUUUAGGCUUUGCUGGACAAUCUAGUCCGAAAGGGCUUGUUCCGAAUUGGGCUACGAGAUAGAACGUUGGCCCUGCAGCUAGAACUAAACAGGCCAAGACAUGACAACCUUUAACCAUGUGGUGAGGGCCAGGGGUUUCCUUGUACGGGUGAUAAUUGAACUUAGUCUCAACUCUCAUGGUUAAAAUGGGUAAAACUCAAUGUGUGAUAAUUGAAAUUAGGCUCAUCCGGUUAAAGUGAGUAAAAUUCAAUGUUGAUAGUGGACAAUGCGUGAAUAUUAUAUGUUUUUCAUAUUGAUGGGUUUGACUUUGUCAAAAUCUUACUAUGUUGGAUUAAAAAAUGUUAAACGAU